AAAAAAAGUGUCGGUAAUUAUAAAAAAAAAUAAAAAGUAUAAACCGAGUGGCAAGUGUCAGUGAAAAAAAUUCCCCGAUGAUGAUUAAACGUGUGUUCACUUAAUAAAAAAGCCCGAAAGGUUCAGCGGGAGAGAAAGUAUGUAGCCGAUGAUUAUAUAGAUGAUCCUUGGAGGGUUUUCGAGCGUACUAUCUCUCGAGAUUUCUCUCGCGAGAGAGAGACCGAGGAGCCGAGGUUGGAGCUGGCAUCUCCCCGUCCUCGGUAUAACAAAGUCUGCGUGUGUGUGUGUGUGUGUGUGUGUGUUCAUAAUCUAUAAAUCCGUCUCUGUUUAGCACAGCAAAAGGUUGUGUCAGCUCCCUCUCGCUGGCUGGCUUGAUCUUGGCGGUGGUUGCGCCCAAGUUAGUGUGCCACCAGUGCGUUGGUGGCAGUCUCGAGCCCCGUGACUCGAGGAAGGACGUGUGCGCAUCGCGCGACUCGUGCGUGCGUCCCGGGGCAAUGCUACCCGUUUUAGUUUUUCUCUUUACGUUUUAUUAACUUAUCUUCUGAACUAACCUUUACUCAACUGAUCUAAGCUGGACUGGACUCUUGAUAAAUUCUCAAUAAUAAUAACAAUAUUUAUUAAUAAUAAUAAUAAAAAAUAAAAAAAAUUAAAAUAUUUAAUAGUAAAUUUUAAAAAACAGUGAUGAAUUACAGAUCUCCCAUUUAUCGACCGACAAAAUAAAUUUAUCUGGUGUUUCUGUCACUAUAACUGUCACUCUGUUAUUAAUUAAUUAAUAGACGAUUAAUUAAUGAACAUUGGUUUAAUAUAAGUGGUGGAGGAUCAAAUUAGUGUCUGUAUUGUUGGGUUACAACUAAAACUGGAGUAAGUUGUAAGUACCAGCGGAUUAUUCUGGGAUUUUUCGGACAGUGAAACAGGGAAAGAUUGCUCCGCCCCCUGACAGCCGUGCAUACGGCUGGUUGCUCCGGGGGAGGUAGGCGAGGUUUAGUUCCAUUCUCGCUGUCGAAAGGACACACUGUACGGCGGCCGUGGCUGUGGUCUGUGACACACGCGUUGAUAAGGGAGAACACGAGAGGGAGUAGGGCUCGUGGUGUGUAUGUGAACGGAAAAUAAACUCUCCUUUUAAAUUAUCAUGGUCACUUUGGACCUAGCUCCGUUUAACCAAACAUAACUUACGGUACAAUAAUUGCAAUACAUGCUGAGUAAGUCUCGGGGUAGUUUUUUUUUAAGCAAAAUGUUUAAAUAGUGAAUUAAUUUAUUUAUUUAUUGAUAAAUAGGGCCAGGUUUUAAUGAGUGUCAGUGAGUGUGGGUGUGUGAGUCUGCAGAGUGUGUGAGAGGAUGGUAGACCCGCGUCAGCAGCGACGCCGGUGACGAGGACCGAGUUCAGAGUCCGUCAGUGGUGUCGGGUAGCUGAUAAAUAAAUAAAUAAUUAAUUAAUUAGUGGUAAUUUGUAAAGUAUAAGUCUUGAUAUUAAAUAAAUAUAAUAAAUCUGAGGGAAAUAAAAUCUCUUACAUGUUCUCCGGAGGUUGUUUUACGAGUAAAAGGCGCGGCGAAGUGUAAUUAGUGUGGUGAGUGAAGUGACGACUGUAAUAGUGGCCGCGAAAUGUAAAUUCGGAGUAUUAAAACCCCGGAGAAAUAUUAAAUAAAAAUUUGGGCGAUUUUUUGAAGAAAAUAGUUUGAAUUUUCUCUUACGGGCCUGGGUUAAGCGAACGCGCGGGCGCAGUCCCAGUGUCGCUAUCACCAGAAUAAAUUGUUAGGGCACCAGUGAGUGAAAAAGAUCGAACAAGUGGGACUAGUGAGUUGUCAGUGAGUUGUUUGUUGGUUUGUUUAGUUUUAGUUACAGAGAAGGUCAGGAGUGUGUUAGUUUUUGGGAAUAGUGAUAUUAAAUACUUGGUACCAGUGGGGUGUGUCCAUGAUUGACAUCCUCUGGACGGAUUGGCUGUUGCGGCCGGUACGCGACAAAGUUUUUGUAAAUGUCACUGGCAGAAAGAUUGAAUAGAAUAAAAUAAAAUUUUAUUCUGAUUUUUGGGGUGUAAAAAAAAGGGCAGCCGGGUUUUGAGAAAAAAAGCUGAAGGGUGGAGGAGGACGUGUGUAGGGGCAGCGUGGCGGGUUGGCAGGUUGUCCAGCAUGCAGCAUGAACCGCUUGUAUCACUCAAUCAGCGCAGCGAGGCAGCUGAAACCAAAGACAAAACAGUGGUACUUGCCGGAGCCGGUAACUCUGAAGAGUCUGGACGAGUUUGUUGCCUGGAGUUGGACUUGGACAGAACUUUGGGCUCGGAACUUUGGCGAGGAACCGGAGCUCUGGGUUUGGGCGACUCUUGGUCGAAAAACCGGACCUCGUCGAGGUCAAAGAGCUCGACAACGAACCGGCUCGGGGUUUUUGGCUCCGGAAGGCGGAAACUCCCGCUUUGUCACUAGGCUGUUGGCAUCUGACGUUCCGGGUGCUCGGUCAGCACGCGGCGGCGUCGGGCCCAGGCCUAACUGGGUGCUUCAGCGAUGCGGCCCGGAUCAACCUUACGGAACCCGCGCCGUCGUCCCUGUCGGCUCCAGAAGCCGCGAGUUCGCGAGCUAGAACUUGCCACCUUGUCGAAGGCUCCGGGGAAAGAACCGGGAGCAGAAGCGAGAGGAAAGAAAUACAAAAGGAUUAUUUUUUACAAGAUAAUAAUUGCACAAGAAGGAACGAUAGAAGAAGAGCCUGUGGGAGGUCGACGCUCGCCUCCUGGAACGAGCGCCGACAACGUCGUCGUGGGGACGCCAGUGUCCCCUGUCACGUGCUCAUGCGACUCGAGCAUCCGCCCCGUACCACGGGACCACCACCACCCACGACCAUCAAGACGAAGAGCUUACAUAACCUCGCCAUCAACAGCAUCAACAACACCAUUGACAUCAAAAACAGCAACCUCCCCUCGAAACGUCCGAGUCCGGUCUCGACGUCCGUCAGAAGGAUCAUUCGCUCUUCGUCCUCGUCGCUUCACAGUAAGCGCCACGCUGGACACGCUGGACACGCUGGACACCCGGAAUCCGAGGCUAAUGCCCUUGUUGAGGACUCUGUUGAUGAGGAUCCCGGUGAUGAUGAUAACGAGCCCGCCGAGAAAGGGGAGAACCCUGACAAUUCUCCUAGUUAUUGCAGUUCUCAGAAUUCCGGUUACGAGGAGCGGGGGUGGAUCAGCACUGCCUUUAAUCCCGGUUCACCAUCCUCAUUGUCAUGCAAGACCGAGGUCCACACGUGUCGUGUCUGCUCUACGAGCGGGUCUCUGUGUCACCAGGUCAAAAUCACGUCCGCACUAUGCCAACAGACUACUGAUACUUGUAAUAUUUAUGAUAAUGAUAAUUCUACUUGUAUUAAUAACAUUAACAUUAAUUGUAACACUAAUUAUAGAGGUAACGUUAAUCAUGAUACUAUUACGGCUAAAACUUAUCCCAACAUGCUUAAAAACACUGCCUUCAAUAAUCAUCAACAAAAAGAUAAACAUAAAGAACGAGAACCGGAUGGGCAGAGUGAGGAGAACGCUGGCGAGGCAUCCGAGGCUAAAAAGAACACUGCUUCUUGGAGCAAGGCCCAGAAAAAAGGAAAGGAAAAGGGAUGGAAAAGUGAAAAGUUUUUUAACACUGCCUCGAGAAGCAGCGUCAAGGGCUGGACGCUGUUCCUGCUGGUUUUGUAUUUGUUCGCGGGGUCGGUCACCGCGUCCGGGCAGCCACUGGCGAACCUGACCGACAAGGGCCAGAAGAAGGAGCAGAGACACUCAGGUAGCACCUUGAUGCAGCAACAUCCUUACAACGAAUACACAUGGGAUGUUAAUGCGAUAAACCCUUGGCUUUCGGCCUGCGACCUGGCGGGUCCAGCGCCGGCCGAUCUUCAGGGCACCUGCGGACCACCUGAAGUGCCAAAGUACUGCCCGAUGCCCUGCAAAGGCCAGGGCGACGCUAAGAAAAUUUUCCUUGAGGCCGUGCAGCGGCUCCACGUCCCGGAGCGCUCGAGAACUGGGAAUGCCAAAACUUAUGGGAAAUGGAAGCCACUAUUGUUGUCAUCUUCAUCUUCAGAGUCAUCUUCGUCGUCAUCAUCAUCGUCAGCUAGUGGUAAUUCAGCGGCUCCGGAUCAGUGCCUUUUUUACCUCGAGGAGUCGCACAAGGAAGAUAUCUGUCGGGAGGAUUUCGCGAGAUCGGACUCUUUGAGUUUUUUAACCCCCAGGGAGAACCGGUAUUGGUUUGUGAGUGGCUUACGGUUACGUCAUUGUUGUGAGCACGCGGCUGUCAAUGCUUUGGCACCUGGUAAAGGGGGCCCUCUUGAGGACGUGCUUAAUGGUGGACGCAAAUGCGUUAAUGCACUGGACAAACUUCUCAGUGUCGACGCGCUUGCUGCGAGGCUUCACUGCGAAUUCGGCGAGGUCCUUGCUCGGUACGACUGCGCUCAGCAGUACUCGGUCAUUCACAACUGCACACACUGCAAGGAGGCGUAUCGAAAAUGGGUGUGCAGCUCCCUGGUGCCUUACUUCGCUCAUGAAGGGCCAGCAGGAUCCUCGAGCUCGGAUCACAAAAUAGAAACGAGGGUUAGGCCCUGCAGGUCCUUCUGCCAAUCCGUGGAACAACGCUGCCCCUAUCUACUUCCGGGAGACCGUGCACCUGCCUAUCCUACUCAGUACGCCGGCGAGCCUACCUUUCUCUGCAGAGAUCCUAACAUCCCGGAGACGGGCGAACAGGCUCUAAGAGCCCUGCACGGUAACGAGGAGGAGGAAUGCUGCUUUCGCGUUUGUUCGGAGGAGCACCCUGGACUGGGUGUCUGCGCGAAUUGUACUGACCGCAAGCCUCGUGGACGUCGGUUUCUUGGCGACCCUCCCACAGCUCCUCACUGUGAAACUUCUCCUUCUAUUCAAUCUACAGGUCAAGCAAACAGUCCCGAGACGUCCUCGAUGGCGCCACCGUCGACCAUGAGUGCCUCCUCUUGCAGCGGCGGAAGCAUCAGCAUAGUCCAGCCAUCUUCAUCAGGCGGGCCUUCUUCAUCGGGUGCCUCAGUGUCCCUGGUCUACCUGCUGUGCAUCUGGGCCGUGGUUGUUUCUCUGACAACUGGGCAAACGUUGUUCCCCUGGAGUCCAGCGGCGACAACGGCGGCCACCGCGAAACUGGUGCUGCUGCACAGAAAUUACGUGCCUCGACGUCCCACCGUAAUUAGUCGUAUGAAACAUCAGCAGAAACUAUCGCCAUCAGUCUAUCCAUUAACGCUCCACUUAAGUAAUCAUAAAAACAAUAUUAUUAACAUUAUUGCCAACAAUAAUGCUAUUGGUGAUAGAAACAGCAACAUAAAUUUGAACAUAAACAUAAACACUAUGAUUAUAAUUAAUAUUAAUAUUAUAAUUAAAAUUAAUAGACAUAAAUGUCUUACAUUAGCGUCAUUACAGAUGCCAGCACAAUGUAAAUUAAAAUUAUUAUUAUUUUUAUUUAUAUAUUACCGAAACUGGUACUCAUCCUUCUUACACGUGUCCUGGUGGUGGUCGUCGAGAAGAAGUUGGUUGAACACGUGGUUAAAUGUCAUUAAAAUUAGUAAUUACAGUUAUUACAGUAGUUACAGUAGUUACACUAGUUAUUAUUAUUAUAUUAAUAAUAACAGUAAUAAUAAUAAUUAUAAUAAUAAUGAUAAUAUUAUAAAAGUUUUGACUCCUUAA